GAGCAGAGAGCGCGGGCGGCGGGGACCUUGAGCAGCUGCCUAGGUGCUAGAUGACCGGCCUGUCGCCGGGCGCCUGCAGAGAAGCCUUGGCCCACUGACCAAAAUCGCUGAGCACCUACUCUACGGGGAGACGCCCCAGACAGCUUGUUUUUAUUGUGAUUAUUUUAUUCAGACAGCAUCCCACCCUGUAGACUGGUCUGGAACUCACUGUGAAAACGACAUCAGGCUCCAGCUGAUGGUUAUUGUCAGUAAUGAUUUCUACUGCAUUGAAAACAUCUCCUCAGCGGAGCUGGUGCACGCAUAAUUCGCCAUGUAAAUCACAUUGACAUCAAACUCACGGAGAUCUGCCUGCCUCUCCCUCCCAAGAGCUGGAAUCAAAGGCAUGAACCACCAUCACACCUGGGAAGAAUUUAACUUUGCAUCUUUCAUGGAUAAAGCAACCGGAAAUCCCUAUGGCUGAUGAAUUUCUGUUUCGCUGAAUUAAGAUCAGACAGGGGAGUCAUGUCGGAAGAAACAGUCAGAGAAUCGCAGUUCUCCCUGAAGACGGCCGCCCUCAGAGUGUUGGAUGUCCCUGUGUCCUGGUACUGUUCUCUCUCCCAGAUCAAAUUUUCACCAGUAGCUAAAAGAUUGUUUGUGGUAACUGCUGUGAGUGCUAUAUCUGUAAUUUUUUUUGCCCAUCACUUUAAAAGAAGACGUGGAAAAAAGAAAGAAAAAAUACUACCGUGGGAACCAGAGCACCUCCUACUUGAACACACUAAAAGAGCAGCAUCGGACAAAGGUUCCAGCUGUUCCAGUAGUAGACAGAACUUGACCUUGUCACUAAGUUCCACCAAGGACAAAGGAUCUCAGUCUUGUAACUACGCUAAUGGAGGACUUUUCAGCAAAUACUCGGGUUCUGCCCAGAGCUUAGCCUCUGUUCAGAGUGUCAAUUCCUGUCAUAGCUGUGCUUGUGGAAAUUCUAAUUCCUGGGACAAAGCAGAUGAGGAUGACAUCAAACUUGUUAACAUUCCUGUGACCACUCCCGAGAAUUUGUACCUGAUGGGCAUGGAAUUGUUUGAAGAGGCAUUGCGUCGAUGGGAACAAGCUCUGACCUUCCGCAGUAGACAGGCUGAAGAGGAAGCCUGCAGCUCCGUUAAGCUGGGAGCCGGAGAUGCCAUUGCUGAAGAAAGCGUAGAUGAUAUAAUUAGUGCAGAAUUCAUCCAUAAGCUUGAAGCCCUGCUGCAAAGGGCCUAUCGCCUCCAGGAGGAGUUUGAAGCUACCCUUGGGGGAUCUGACCCUAACUCUCUUGCAAACGAUACAGAUAAAGAUACAGAUGUGAGCGGGAAGGAGAAUAUGGAUGAAUUUGGUCUGCAAGACACCUUGAACACUGAAUCAGCAGAUCUCUUUGCUUCGGUAGCAGAGCUCACGGAACACAGAGAGGUACGGCACAGCUACAGCCUGGACUCCUUCUGCCGCUGCCCUUUUUACGAAGAAGCUAUGCAUCUAGUUGAAGAGGGAAAAAUUUACUCCAGAGUACUGAGAACUGAAAUGCUGGAGUGCCUGGGAGACAGUGAUUUUCUUGCCAAACUUCACUGUAUUCGGCAGGCUUUUCAGGUCGUUCUCUCGGAAGCAGCCAACAGGAUAUUCCUUGCUGAGAGUGGACGGAAGAUUUUGUCGGCUUUAAUCGUGAAAGCGCGGAAGAAUCCAAAGAAAUUUGAAGAUGUUUUUGAUGAAAUGAUCUAUUUUUUAGAGCAGACUGAUCACUGGGAUAGUACUGAGAUGGAACUUGCUGCCAGAGGGGUGAAAAAUGUAAAUUUUUAUGAUGUGGUCCUGGACUUUAUUUUAAUGGAUUCCUUUGAAGAUUUAGAGAACCCGCCGACAUCCAUACAAAACGUGGUGAACAAUCGCUGGCUCAACUCCUCCUUCAAAGAAACGGCUGUGGCUUCGAGUUGCUGGUCAGUGCUGAAGCAGAAGAGGCAGCAGAUGACGAUCUCAGACGGAUUCUUCGCCCAUUUUUAUGCCAUUUGCGAGCACAUAAGCCCUGUCUUAGCCUGGGGCUUCCUGGGUCCGAGAAGUUCUCUGUAUGACUUGUGUUGCUUCUUUAAGAAUCAAGUUCUUUUCUUUCUCAAAGACAUCUUUGACUUUGAGAAGGUGCGCUAUUCGAGCAUAGACACGUUGGCGGAGGACCUCAUGCGUUUACUCAUCCGCCGCACAGAGCUGCUGGUUGCCUGUCUUGGCGCGGAUGCCCUGAGGCACGCCUCUGCUUGUACUAGUGGACAGUGCCACGCCGUGCCCACUGCACUGUUAGAAGCCAAAGUACAGUAGGUCCCGGAAGAGGACUGAGAGUGAGCGCUCGCCAAUACCUUCAAGGAACUACUGUGAGGUGUGCCUCAGAAUCCACAGAAUUGACGAUGUGGACUCAGGGAGGGAGAAAGGAAGUCUCAGAGGUGGAUGGUCAUACUGUAUUUAUGCAGAAAUGCUGUCAUUGAAUCCAUGUGUGAUGUGUCCAGAGUGACUUCUUAAUAAUCUUUAGGUAAUAAUUGAAGUUGUGAAAUGUUGCAUAUUUUGUGGCUGUUUCGUGAAUUGAAGCCAACACAUAGGAGUUUAUUAAUUGUCUUCACACUAUCUGGAAUGUCCAGUAUCAUUCUCGAAAUAUGUCUCAAUGCUUUGCACCUUGAAAAGACACUAACCCAAGACGAUUGUGGUUCACGUGUGUAAGAGUUUAUAACUUCUAGUGUCAACAUACUUAACUUUGCCUGAAAUGUAUUCUUAACCAUUAGGUUACUGCUUCGUUUAACCAAAUGUAGGCAAUAGUGGUGUUCAGCUGUACUGUUUGCCUUAUUGCUUGUAUACUUGCUUUUGUGUUUGAAUCAAAGAAACUGUAGUCCCCGAGGACUGGAGGGCAGAACCAGAAUGUGUGAAACUGAGCAGUUUCUGGUGUGUGCCUUGUGGAGAAUCGCCUGUAGUCUACAGAGUAUGUUACUGGUGUCCUGUUUAUAAUAUGGUGAAGUAUUUUUAUCUUUUUAUAAAUUGGAACAGCUUCCCUCAGAUGAAUACUAAAUUUGAAAAUAUAAUUUAUUUACCAAGAAAAAUAAUUUUAAAAAUUAUCCUCUUUUAAAUGUAACUAAACCUGAUAGAAUCAAAUAACUUCUCCUUUGUCCACAAAACAAACAAUUCCCCCACAGAGAGCUCAGCACACUGGAAGUUUGCCAUGUUAUGCCCAAAUUUUAAAAAUACUCAUACUUUGAGCUUGGGUUUUAAAAGAAUUUUCCUUUCAGAAAUAGAAUAAAUAUUUUAAAUGAUAUGGGAAUAUAUUUUAUGUCCUCAUGAUAAACAUAUGAACAGUGGCAAAGUAUGUUAUAUAUUUUCAAAGCCUCAUCAAUUUUGUGUUAAGGUCAUGACCCACUUGUACAUCAGGGGGUUGGAUUUCUUGAUUGUGGUCCUAACGUGGGCUGCAUUAGUUUUAAGAGUGUGUUAUACAGAAAGAUCUGAAAUGCGUUUCUAAAAAAUGCAUUUUUAGAUUAAAGUGCCUAGAUUAAGGUUAAUGAUGAGCAAAUAAAAAGUAAAAGUAAGUUUAAUUUUUUUAAGAUUUUAAAUUUUUAUAUAUACAUCAUGGUUAUGUAAGUUAAUUACAAGAUGUAAAAUUUAGACUUGUGCCAUUAGCGUGUAUAGGCUAUUAGGGCCUUACACCUGUUUUGAUUUACAAUGCCUUUUCCUACAUCACUUUUUAAUUUCCUAAUUACCUGCCUGUGAUUCUUCCCGAUGACAAGUACCAAAAUGCAUUCUACCCUGCUUCCCUUUUACUUACAUUAGCGUGUCUACCUUCCGACGUCACUGGAUGUGAGUGACAGACAAGAGUACAUGCCUACACAUUCUGGUUACCCCAUACGCAAGACAGUUAUGGAUUGCAUCAGUUUAUUCAUUGGAGAGCUAAAUAUUUUAUGCCGGGGUUUUAUAAGUGAACUUCCUCUUGGGGAAAGUGCUGUUUGGAGUAGUUUUGAAGACUUGCACUGUAUGUGGCGAUGCUGCUGCUACAAUGAGAUCACCUUGGUGGGUGGCCUUUCCGAAAAGUGUUGGAUUUCUCCCUGCUUUUCAAUUUCAGUUAAAAAUAAGUAAAUUGCCCAUCUUCAAGAAAGGGUUGGUUUGGCUGGGUGGUGGUGGUGCACACCUUCAAUCCCAGCACUCAGGAGGCAGAGGCAGACGGAUCUCUGUGAGUUCGAGACCAGCCUGGUCUACAGAGCGAGAUCCAGGACAGCCAAGGCUACACAGAGAAACCCUGUCUCAAAAAAACCAAAAAGAAAGAAAGGGUCAGUCUGUCAAACUGAAGUGCUUAAAUCGAUUAGUUUCUGGUGAGCGAAUCAUCUAGCACACUUACCAGAUACCUUCUUUGUGGCCUUUGGCAAAAACAGUUAAGAACGACCUAAUAAGAUUUGGGGGCAAUAUGGGCUGGAGAGAUGGCUCAGAGGUUAAGAGCACUGACUGCUCCUCCAAAGGUCCUGAGUUCAAGUCCUAGCAACCACAUGGUGGCUCACAACCAUCUGUAAUGAGAUCUGGCGCCCUCUUCUGUAUACAUAAUAAAUAAAUAAAUCUUUAAAAAAAAAAAAAAGAUUUGGGGGCAAUAAAUACAGGAGAAAAGUCUUUGGGGGGUGGUGUAAGGGGAUGGGAACUUAACUUUUUAAAAGAAAAUGCCUCUUUAAAAAGAAUAUCUCUGACUUGACUGUUGAAAAUACUUAACAUAUAUAUUAAAAAUAUAAAAUAUAUAAAACUAAACAGAGAAGCGAUGCUUUACAAAAUAAAACAAAACAAAAGAUUAAGUUAGGCUUGAGCCUGUUGGGGAACGGGCAGCUAACGGGACUCACGGUGUCUACUGAGAUCGCCUGCUGUAGCCUUGUUUUGUGGGGUGUAAGAGGGCAGAGUUAAUGCCGAGAAAAAUCUUCCAAAAAGAAGGAAAAGCAUGCAGUUGAUUUAUUUUCCUUUGUUUCUCUGUUCUUGUUCAACUAAAAAGGUAGAAUUUCUUCCCAAAGAUUAACAAUAUGUUCGUGAAAUGACAAAAUGGAGCUGUCUUUUUGACAAGAAGCCAAGUUUUCUACUCUGUUAAAGUCAGCUCCGAAGACCUGCGUCUGUCUCCUGCAGUAAUACCCAUCAUUUGCACCUGUUCACCAUGGUUCUAUUGAUUUGCUGGGUUACCUGACUAUAGAAAAGUAUUUACAAAUGUUUCCUUGCUUUAAGAUGUAGUGUUUCUACUUAAUUCCCAGCAGUUAGCCUGGAAAUGAGGAAUACCAAAGUGACAGAGCGGUGGUGAACUGCUCCAAGUUGUGUUUGUAACUCUGUUUUUACUUUUACUAUGAACGUGGAUUCAGAAAUUAACUGGCCUGUAAUUCCAAACUGACUAUAAGGAUUAGACCAAAUUAAAAUCUAUAAAUUUUUAACUAACAAAUACGUGUGUGAGAUGUAAGAAUUUAUGUACCCUGUGAAAAUGGACAUGAAAAACACUUUGUUCCUACUGAUCAUGCUGUGUUACCAUUCCCUGACUGGCGUCAGCAAAUCUGUUUCUUCGGUGUAAGGACUGAACUCAUUAGUCUGUGUAAGAGUCCAGCACCGCGGAAGCAGCCGGCCACACUGGCCCCUUGCCGGCACUAGGACCAGCAUGUCUCUGUUCCAGUCAAAUAAAAAAGUGAUGGUGUCUUGGUGAUGUGCUGGCUACUGUAAGUCACGUUCUAUAUGAUUGUGAGGCCACAGUCGCCUCAGUAGGCUCGUGCUUUGACAUAGACCACAUAUGGAGGCAGAGAGAAGCAGAGGACUCUGGGAGGUCUGAAAUCAAGUGUAAAAUAUUAUCAAAUAUCUGUAUGUGGUAACAUGGAAAUAAAGAUAGCAUUGUGAUGGAUGAA